AUGUCUGCUAUUUAUUCAUUAAGCGAGGUCGAAAAGCACAAUGUUAAAGGCGAUCUUUGGCUAGUGAUUGACGGAAAAGUAUACAAUGUUACAACAUUUGCUGCUGAUCAUCCUGGAGGCGAACGUGCUAUUUACGAGGAAGCCGGUAAGGAUGCCACUGACGCAUUCAAUGACAUUGGGCAUUCUGAGGCAGCCUACGAAUGGUUGAAUGAUUACUAUAUUGGUGAUUUGGAAGGCUUCGCACAGACCGAGGAAAAAGUAGUAGAACAACAAGAAGAAUUGAAACAAGAGCCUGUAACACAGGUACCUGUUCAAAAGCCCAAAGGAUCUGCUUUGAGAGUGAUCCUUCCUGUAAUUGCUGUUGCUGGCAUCCUUGUAUACAAGUUUGUUAUUGCACCUCAGCAAAAGAAUUAG